UGAUUCCUUGAGAGUAGGUUGAGACGGAAGAGCGGACAGGAGGAGCAGGAGAUGCCAAAAAGCCCAUCAAAAAGGGCAAGGAGCUCCAAACCGGGCACUGCCGCUUACUGUGCACACUCGAGAUCUCGUCAUCAUCAACUGGUAAUGGCUUGGCUUAAUCACGGGCGCAACGAUAAAUUAUUGUCACAAGGGCGGAGCCGACAGAUCGCUAACCCACCCAAACAGUGCUGCAUUAUUGGCUGGCUCUCCUCCUCUCACUCGUCUCCUUGGAUCGGUCGAUCAAUCACUGAAAAAUACCCUGUUUGAUUUGAUCUCUCCCAGCCUCGCUCCCAUCUCCGCCGGACCACCCACAGCUCCGACUCGACUCAACCUAACUCACUGCUGCUUGCUGCUGCUGCUGAUGCCACCACGCCACCGCACGAGCUCGAGCUGCUGCCAUUAAUGCGCUCCCUCCGCUUCUCGCCACGCCCAGGAGCUGCCGCGCUCUGACUGACUUGAUCCGCCCGCACGGCCGCUGCUCCGGUCGGCGCUGGCCUGAACAGCAAGAACCACGAACCCGGCGCAAAUGGAGGGGAGGGCGCGGCGGCGGGGCACAGGCACCGGCGCCGGCGCAAGCACGAGCCCCGGCCGGAACAAGGUCUGGGUCGAGCCGCCGGGCAAGAGCCACAGCCACCACCACCCUCCGCGGCGCUCGCCUCCGCCGCCGGCCCCGCCGGCCGCGGCGAAGAGGGUGGCGGUCGUCUACUACCUCUCCCGCAGCCGCCACCUGGAGCACCCGCACUUCAUCGAGGUGCCGCUCGCCAACCCGGAGGCCGGCCUCUACCUGCGAGAUGUGAUUGACCGGCUCAACGUGCUGCGAGGGAAGGGCAUGGCGGCCAUGUACUCCUGGUCCUGCAAGAGGAGCUACAAGAACGGCUUCGUGUGGCACGACAUCUCCGAGGACGACCUGGUGCUCCCCGCUCAGGGCAACGAGUACAUCCUCAAGGGCUCCGAGCUCCUUGACCGAUCACCACCGGAUCGGCAUCAGAAUGUCAUUGGCAGCGCCAAGGCUGAGAGCCCCAAGCACCCGCAAGAAGAGUCUCCUCAGUCGCGAGGAUCACAGGAAGGGUGCUCGUCGUCGUCAUCUCCGUCUGCCGUCACCAAAGCGGCCUCACCUCCAGCUCCUGCUCAGCAACCGCAGCAGCUGCCGAAGUCUGCAGUUGUCGCGCCAUCAUCAUCUGCUUCCACCAGUCGUGAGGAUGAGCAUUGCCGGACUACGCAUUCCGGCUCAUCGGGGAACCUGUCCCCCGAACCGGCAGGAACAAAUGCUCCGCUAUCAGAGUCAAGCUCCCCUGGACCUUCAGAGUACAGAGUUUGCAAACCCAUCGGGGCACAGGAUGCGUCCACACAGACCGAUGACAGCGAGAGGGAUGCUCCUCGUAGGCGUGCUCGCACGGCACGGAUCUGUACAGAGGAUGGUGCAUCAGAUGCUGAGAUUCAAGAGUGUCGUGAAACGGCUGUUCAAGCAUCGCUGAAGGGCCCUGGAAUUGUUCAAGAAUCACCACAGGUGUGUUCGUCUGAUGAUUUUCCCGGUGACAGAGUCGAGACAUUGGAGUCCCUGAUAAGGGCGGAAGCCAGCAGGAGGAGUACCUAUAAUAAGGUGCUAGAGGAAGAACAUCUCUAUUGCCCAAUGGGUGUGAAGCUGAAGCCAGCCAAUUUGCUCAUGCAGAUCAUCACUUGUGGGUCUAUUUCUGUAAAAGAUCACCGUGGCUUUGGACUCAUCCCAACAUACAGGCCAAGGUUCACGCAAGUUGAAUUCCCUUCUCCAAUGUUCUCUACUCCUAUGGCAAUACGGCACCUUGACAAUGUUCCUUGUAGCACAAGAACAAUUGGGGUAAGGGUUCCCGAGUCAGAGUAUCUUGCUGGAAGCUUGGUCGAGGCUAAUAAGCAGCAAGAGUCAGGGAAAGGAGAAAUAACCACACUCAACCGCUCAUCAUCUUAUGACGAGGAUAGAGUAUAUAGAGCGCCAGACCCUAGAAGGGAUAUGGAAAGCUUGGCUGAGUCGAGCAGUUUCAGAUGUCUCCCACAGACUGUCAAAGUUAUAUCAUGUAAGCAAUCCAGAAGUGGAACAACAUUCUCUCCAUACUCUGAUGUCAGGAACACCUCUGGCCAACAAGAAUGCAGUACAAGAUCUUCGCCGCUUGGUUCAUCAUCGAGAAGUGCAAGCAAUAGGAUGACUGACCCACUAGGUAAAUUAUCUUCUUCAAGGGAAGAGUCGUUCUACGAGGAAAGGGAUAAAAUGAUUAGGAUUGAAGAAAGGCUUGCUUCUGGAGCUCGGGUUAUAAUCCAAUCUGCACCCUUGUGUGAAGAUAGCGAUGACAGCACCGAAUCGCUGUAAGGGGUUGUGUUACUUACAUUUUGCUGUGAGCUUAAAUUCUUUGGAAUUUGCUGCAUUUCUCAGAAGUUGUUGGAGCAGCUUGAAAGUGCGAUUUGAUUCAUUUUGUGACCAGUGUGAAUGUGAUAGUCAAUCAUUAUUUUGUUACACCUUCAGGAAGAAUUUGUUGCUCCAGAUUUCCUUUA